GGUUGUGAUGUUUUACUCUUCGUAAUAUAGAGUAAUGCCCCACUUGGGCAAAUCGGUACCUGAAAAAUUUGGGAUGGCCCUAGAUGAACAACAAAAGCUGCUAAAUGCUGGAGGACGAUCUCAGCUGUCAGUCACGAUAGUUGAAGUGGCGGGAACACCAGCUCCAAGUCCACUUUCAGACCGUAGCAACGAACAGCUUUUGCAAACACCUUUGGAUUCAGCACCCAGCUCGACCUGCUGUCAAGGCAUCAACCCCACGGCUCUCCUCUUGGAGAGUCCCCCAAAAUGGGGCGAAGCAGCCAGAUACGCCGUCAGGCAACAUCGAAAAAUAGCUGGCCGAGCGACGUUCCAGGGACAAGUGUACAACUUUCUGGAAAGGCCAGAUAACUGGAAAUGUUUUGUUUACCACAUCAUCGUGUGAGUACAUGUAGAUCGUAAAAUAUGUAGUUUCUGAAAUACGUAACAGAAAAUGGGAUUUUUGCGCUAAAGAAUUUUCCUUUGAUUUAUACUAAAACAGUGGUGAUAAAAUCUCUAUUGUAUGGUGUCUGUACAUUACACGCUAACAGAAAACGAAAAUGUAGAUAUAUUCUUUGUAUUUAUUGAUCGAUCAGUUUAAAAUAGUUUUAGAUUUUAGCUAUAAUAAAAUGAAUAAUAAAACGACUAGGACUGGAUUCCACGUACCAAAAAAAAGUUUAUUAAUAGAAAGCUGAAAAUUUGUUAAUAGCUUAACGGUGUCUAAUCGGACAAACUUUGAUGUACGGGAACAUUUUAACAGGGAAUGUUUAAUUGUGGAACAGGUUACAGAUUUCGAACGUCAGACUACGAAAUCAUCCCAUGUAUUUUGUCGAACAGAACUUCCAAUUGAUUUGUUACCCUUUCAAUAAACUCUCAUACAAAAAUUAGACUGCUAUAGUCGGUUCGCUAAACUCAGACACAACUGGCUAGUGAUUUUAGUAAAUAAUUUUGCCAGCAAA